AUGUCUGUCCCAUCUGAGCUUCGCAUUCUUUGCUUGCGUCUGACGUCCACUCCUCCAAAUGACCUUCCAAGUCUCGUACCUUCUCUGGUUCAAUAUGUUCUUCAAUGCCAAAUUCCUCUUUCAGCCCCCAGUGUAAAUUCUGGAAAGGCGGAUGCAUCGCAGUCGGCAGUUCUGGUCCACAAAUUAAAGACCCAAUUGACAACGUUAUUGAAUGGCAAGAGCGCCUCCGGAAGAUUCGCUGCUAUCGCCUUGAUCAAGGUCGUGGUCGAAGUUGGAGGUUGGGAAAUUUUGCGCGACGCGGGAUCUUGGGUGCGAGGAUUACUCUCAAUCCUUGGUAAACCAGACUCAAGUGCUGCCAAAGAGCUGAGUAUUGUAGCCCUUGCCAAGAUUUACUCCUUGACCCAUCAAUACCAAACCCUGGUCAGAGAAAUCACUACGCCGACAUUACCCACCUUUGUAACGUCUUGCUUGAAUUUAAUCUCAUCGAAGCCAUCGAUGAACACCUUGGAUGUAACUCCAUCAUCAGUAGAGACAGUUUUCUGCUCAUUUGCUAUGUUACUGCCUCGUCACACUACCAUUUUCCGCCCUUUCGCAUCCCAAAUACGUGCUGCCACCAGACCAUAUUUAGCAUGCACCCUUUGUGAUCGGAGUUACGUUCCGUUAUCAGUAAAGGAGAGUGCUCGUAAACUAACAGUCGUUCUGCACCAGACAGUCGCGAAGAAUGGUGGGGGAGAAGAAUGGGGAAAAGCAGUUCGGGAUCUUGUGCAAAAUAUUCACAUGACUGCCGACCAGGUUUUCCGAGCUGUCGUGGAAGACUGGGAAUCAACUGCUGGAUAUACUGCUGAACCUGUAAAUGUUAAUGAAGAGCUCUCUGGUGGCGCGCGAACUCCUGAGGAUUUACCCCGCUGGACUGGUAUUGAUGCCGGCAUUGAGAGGUUAGUAGGUUUACUGGAAUUUCUGGAUGAAUACCUCAGAGAAGCCACUCCUUCGGCUGUCACAAUCCCGGUUGGACCCAUUUUCGAUUUAAUCACCAGGAUUUUGUCGAUUUCUUUGCCAUCGCCUACGGACUCGAAUUCCGGAAGUGUGAGGUUGCACCCUGCCAUUGACCGUGAUGAAAAAGAUGGAUUAUGGGCUGGCUUACCAAAUGUUUUUGUUUCCGUAUUGCAUCUUAUCAGCACUAUGUCGGCCACGAUAGGACAAAGUUUCGUCUCUCUGGCCCAGGGAAGUCUCGACUUGCUGAUGUGGUCCUUUUCGUCUGGAAAGAACCAUCAAGACUUUCGUGCAUCGGCAUAUUCUUUAGCCUGUAAUAUUCUGCCGUUGCUCAGUCAAAGCUUAGAUAAACCACGUGUCUCAAAACUUGUACCAAUAAUGCGAGCAUGCUGUAAAGAUCUGGAGACAAGUUAUUCGGGCAUCAGCAACCCUGAAGCCAGUAAGUCUCAACCUAAAGGUUCGUCAAGUCAGAAUGCAGAUACUUUACUUCGCGGCUCCAUAUCGACAACGGUUGUUGUUGACCCAGAAGUUGUCGCGGCGGCCAGUUCUCUUUUGCCUGUAUUACUAUCCAGCCUUCCCCAGGCAUAUCUUGAUAUAUCGAUGCGUUCUCAACUCGAGCGAACCGCUAUCCUCGGACGAAAUAAGGAAGCAAUGUUAGCAAGCAUACUCAACCCAUUUGUCGGAAAGAACGGAAAAGCAUUGUCGAGUAUACUUCCACAUAUUACGAGGGAAUUUCCAGAUGAUGAUUGUGUGGAAAUUCUUCUACGCCCCCGCAUGCCGAUCAUACCUGCUGGACAUACCGCCGCAGUACUCGAUGAUCUUCCAGAGGGUUUCGAUGCCGAAGAUGAUAUUAUGGAUAGCACUGAUGAUGUCGUUGUCAGCCCAAAAAAUAUUGAUGCACAAAAUCUUCAGUCGACUUCAGAUAACGAAUUUCCGACCCCGCUGAGAGAAAACUUCGGUGCUGGAUUGAAUGCCGGUGUCCGAGAAGAUCUGCCAAGUCAAUCCGGAUUUGAACAAUCUGCCAUGUCUUCAGAAAUUCCAGGCGCUAGAUUUACCAACCCUCAACCUUUAGAUCAGCGUACAAUGAAUACGGAUACUGCUAUGGGCUACGAUGAUGCUGAAGAGUCGGAUUCUGAUUCAGAUGGCAGUGUGCAUCUCACAAUGCAGUUGGAUUCGGAUAGCGAAUAA